AUGGCUGUGGAGCUCAUUAUGAACCAGACAAACUUUGUAUCACAAUCAGAACAAAACGCUGUGCAAGAAGCUGCUUCUGGCCUUCAGAGUGUUGAGAAGCUUAUUAGAUUAUUUUCAUCUCCAAAUAAGCAGAAUCAUUUGUCUGAAGAAAAAAUAGGCAUGGAAAUGGAGACAGAUUAUGUUGCUGUGACGGAUGUGGCAGUAAACAAAUUCAGAAAAGCUAUUUCUCUUCUGGGUCGAACCAGAACUGGCCAUGCUCGUUUUAGAAGAGCCCCUGUUGUUUCCUCUUUUUCUUCUUCUUCAUCUUUCCCUCCGAUUCCGAAUCCUCCAUUGAGAGAAGAAUCUGUGGACACUAAGGUUUACUGUCCAACUCCUAUUCAACAAGUCCCAGCUUCAGAUUUUCCUUAUAAUCAUCACCAAGUAGGGAUCCCAAUUGUGAAAGAAAAUAUGAAAGAAUUUGGGUCAAAGACUAUUAGUUUUUCUUACUCUCCGGUGAUUUCUCGUGCAAACUCUUUUAUUUCGUCUUUGACUGGCGAUACAGAUAGUAAGCAGCUUUCAUCUUCCUCAGCGUUUCAGAUUUCCAAUCUUUCUUCUGCCGGGAAGCCUCCUCUGUCUUCUUCUUCCUUUAAAAGGCGAUGCAGUUCAUCGGAAAAUGGUCUCUCCGGCAAGUGCAGUUCUUCAUCCGGUCGCUGCCACUGUUCCAAGAGAAGAAAGCUAAGACAGAAAAGGGUGAUUAGGGUUCCUGCUAUAAGCAUGAAGCUAUCAGACAUCCCACCAGAUGAUUAUUCAUGGAGAAAGUACGGACAAAAACCCAUCAAAGGUUCUCCCCAUCCCAGGGGUUACUACAAGUGCAGCAGUGUGAGGGGAUGUCCAGCGCGUAAACAUGUCGAGAGAGCUUUGGAUGAUCCAAAAAUGCUUAUAGUGACAUAUGAAGGCGAGCAUAAUCAUAACAUCUCAGUUGCAGAAACAAGUAGUAUGAUUUUAGAGUCUUCUUAA